GCCAACCUAACCCUGAGCCGUGAGGUGCGAAUCACCUUAUUCCAUCUUGUCAUCGUCGCUCUAAACGCCCGCGUUUCAACAUGGAUGCAGCAGCAAUAGGUAAAACGACGUAGCUUUGUUCUUGCUUCCGAGGAAAUUUUAUAGGCAGUGAAAGCAGUAGCUCGACAGUGUGGCGAUUCAGUUUCGAUACUUGAGGAGUUGCGAUCUGAUGUGGGCGGCUUUAAGAUCCCGAUAUCUGCAUCCAUCUGCAACAUCGUUGCCUUCUUCCUCUCUCAUUAAUCGCCCGUGGAAGCUAGGGUUUUUAGGUUUAAAUCAGACGUUCUCGUCAUCCAGUGCGGAGAGCAGUAGCAAAGAAUUGCUGAGCCUGCAAGAGGUGGAGAAGGUUCUGAGCGAUGUGAGAGCAGAUGACGUGACGGUGAUUCCGGUUGGGAAUCAGUGCGAUUGGGCCGAUUUCAUGGUGAUUGCCACCGGUAGGUCCAGUUGGCAUGUCAAGAACAUUGCCCAAGCCCUAAUUUACAAGGUUAAGCAGAAGCAAAAAGGAGCUAAGCGGUUGGUGCUACCCAGUGUGCAAGGGCAAGAGACGGGAAAAUGGAUUGUUGUUGAUUCUGGCAGAGUGAUAGUUCAUGCUCUCGAUGAGAAGGCAAGAACUUAUUACAAUUUGGAAAAGCUUUGGACUGUGAAGACGGUCCAGAAGGAACCGGUUGAGGAUUUGACAAAAGCUUUUGUAAAGGUUCGUCGAAUUAAUAAUUCCAAAAAGCCAGCCCAGAGAAGUGCUUAAACAAUGGAGUUCCUUUAUAUAAUGGGUUGUUCACUUGGAUUUUGCAGUUGUAGUUUUAGUACAUUAUAAAGUUCUUUGCUUGUUGUACUCGAAAACCAUCAGCAGUUAUUUCUGGAGCGUGCGUUGUGCUGGUCUAUUUAGCUUUUGGAUGGCCUGUUUUAUGGGGUAGAAACCACCCCCUGUACUUGUUUUGAAAGUGCGUGAUAAAAUUGUCUAAUGAAACGGAGCGUUUCAAGUAAUCACGCCUGUCCUGUGAAAAAGUAGUGGUGGGCCCAUCCUUGCUUACAGUUGAGCUGAUUAACCUAAUUUUUUUCAUAAAAAUUAUCGGAUUUACAAUAAAGUGUUCGGAACACCGUUCAUUUUACUACAUUGCCACUAAUGGAAACCAUCGGUUUAUCACGGCCAAUUAAAUGCGCUGGUUUCAUUGUAAUUUUAACGGAAACAUGACUUAUUAUUGAGCAAUCAUCAAAUCCAGCAAGGAGGAAAACGAGUCAUACGAAUUGAAUAACAGUACACUCUCACUUCGUUGGCGUCGCCUCGCCCUCGCUGAACAAUAUCCGGACUUCCCAAAGCAAAAACAAAACCACGCACCAAUAAACUAUUUUCUCUCUUCUUUUCGGCUUUAUAUAAAAGCAUCACAAUCAUUUUUCUCCGCUUCAUUUCUGGCUACUCUCUUCGCUUCUCGUUCUUAUUCUCUUCUCGCUGUUCGCGGAUUUUACGGAGCUACGAUUCCGAUG